UACCGCGAUCAAUAUGGACCCAACAACAUCGAUUUCGGUACCCGGUAAGAUAUUAUCAAAAUCGUAUUUUCCCUUUGACAUAAUAAUGCGGGUGAAACUUGAUGCAUCUCACCUGGAAUCCAUCAAAUUCAUAUCCUCUCGCGACCAGCUAGAUGUGAUUAUUAUUUCGUCGACGUGUUUGUCAAGAUGGAAGAAGAGAUGUUUAGUUUGUGUAACAUCAUGCCUGUGGAGCUUGCACUUCAAAGGGAGCUAGAGUAUCGCGCCAAAAUGCAAGUAGAAAAAAACCAACAUCAAAAUGACUUGAAACCGAUUGUGCUCGCACAGGGCCCACCAACUGAAGCCAGGAAAGACGACGCUGAGCUGGCACCAAUGAACUCUCAAAAGGCUCCAAUGCUGCAGUUUUCUUCAAGCAGCCAACUGUUGAAAGAAAAAGCUGCAUUCUCUUGCAAGGCUUGCCAGUUGACUUUCGCUUCAGUUUUUCACCUUAGCAGUCACGUCCAAAGUCAACUCCACAAAGUCAACAUAUCUCAAAUGAAGAAGAGACGAGAGGCGAUUAGCAACCCGAUUUGGUGUGAAUUAUGCAGAUCUUCGUGUUCGAGUUUGGGUGAAGUGGAGGCUCAUCUCAAUGGGUCGAGGCAUAAUUCGUUACUGUUGAGUUUGGCGAGAAGUCGUAAAAGGAAACGACAUUAACUGGUUAUUUGUGGGACCCAAUUGUUUAGAUUUCAAGAUUCAAGAUAGUUUUGUUCUUUAAUGAGGAUUUUAAAUGAAAUGAAAAUGAUUAUGAAGUCACGUUAUUACA